UAUAUUGAAUCUACCAAAUAUACGAAAAUACCAAAAGUGUUUUACUGCUAGCUUUACAAGAGUCACGAGAAAAUUUGUAAUUUUGUAUUUACAUGAUUUUGCAUUAUUCCUUUUUUCCUAUGUAAACAACAGGUUUUAGGGAUGGCUAUCCCAGCUGUUGUGACCAUAACUAUCACUGCAAUAGUUGGAAUUGCUCUAGUUAUUGUAGGAGGCAUCCUCAUCAAAGUCUUUCAUGGAAUGAUCGAUGACCAGUUGAAACAGGACCUUCCACUGAAGAAUGGGACUGACUCCUAUUCCAAUUGGCUUGAUCCCCCUGUUCCGAUUUAUAUGCAGUUUUACCUGUUUGAUGUUUUAAACAGAGCUGAGGUUAUACUUGGAGAAAAGCCUGUAUUAGGCCAGAAAGGGCCAUACACAUAUAGGGAGUAUCGAAAAAAGGAGCACAUCAAAUUCAAUCAAGAACAGGGAACUGUAGAGUAUGAAGAAAGUAAAAUCUAUGUGUUUGAUAGAAACAUGUCUGUGGGGAGUGAGAAUGAUACAGUACAUACUGUUAACCUCUUCAUGGUGGGUAUCAUACAGCUAACGAGGUAUAUGCCAUCACUUUUGAAAGAAGCGAUCAAUGGUGUGUUCGUUGGAGUCCCUGAAACAUUGAUAGCUGAGUAUACAGUGCAUGAGACACUUUGGGGACAUAAAGAUCCUAUUAUUAAAGAUAUAAAGAAAGCCGCUUCAGUUUUUGGAAUAACACUAGAUAUUGAAGAUACGUUUGGGCUUUUCUACGGGCAAAACAAUAGUAGAGAUGGAGUCUACAAUAUUUACACAGGAGAGAAAGGACUUGACAAGUAUGUUACCAUCAAGACUUGGAAUGGCUCAAAUUUGCUCAACUACUGGGGGGAUAAUUAUACCAAUAUGAUCAAUGGAACAGAUGGCACUCAGUUUCCACCUGGUGUUACCCCUGACAGAACUCUCCAACUGUUCUCCACUGAUAUAUGCAGGUCAAUAUAUGCCAACUAUGAGGGACCUCAGAAAAUGCGUGGAAUCGAUCUGUACCGUUUUGUCCCUCCAACUAGUGUAUUUGCUGCUCCCGCUAAAAAUCCUGCUAAUCUUGGAUUUUGUGCAGACAAUGAAACAAUAUGUCUCGGCUCGGGGGUACUCAAUGUUAGUGUAUGUAAACCUCAGAAUGCUCCAAUUGUUUUAUCUCAGCCACAUUUCUACCAGGCAGACAAGGAGUAUAUAGAUGGCGUCAUAGGCCUUAAUCCUAACAAAGAGGAGCACCAGACAGCAUUAGAUGUAGAACCAGUGACAGGUGUCGUAAUGGGUGCUUCCAAGAGGAUACAAAUCAGCAUAUUUCUGCAGAAGGAGGAAGUUUACAGUGAUUUUGAAAACUUAGGUAGACUGUUCCUGCCUGUGGUAUGGAUCAAUGAGAGUGCCAAAGUCGAUGACAAGUCGGCCAAUCUAUUCAAAAACAAAGUGAUGGAGCCAAUCAAAGUGACAGAAGCAGUGCAGUAUGGUCUAAUAGCUGUGGGAAGCUUUAUCCUCCUUUGUGCUAUCAUAUUUGCUCUCAAGAAGAUAUUUGCCAAAAAACAAAACCUAUUUAUACCUUUGGACUCCCCUUCGGAUGAAGCUAGACUUGUAACAAACUAACAGGACUUCUAUGAAAUAAUCCUAAGAUUCCAGGAAGGAGUGUGUUGACAAUCAUUGUGCCCAUAUAAAAAGGAAGUGUUGUUGUAAAUGCCCAUAUAAGGAUAAAAUGUUAUUGUAGGACAAUAUUAGUAUGUACCCAUAUAAGGACGAAGUGUUAUUUUAUGUGCCCCUAUAAGGAGGAAAUGUUUUGGUAUGUGUCCAUAUAACAGUAUAAGGACAAAGUGUUAUUGCAUGGGCCCAUAGAGGGAGGAAGUGUUAUUAUUAUAUGUGCCCAUAUAAGGAGGAAAUAUUAUUUUCUCUCAUUAGACUCUCCUAAAAAUGCUAAACAGGUCAUGCUGUACAGGUCAUGUGCAGUUAUGUCAGUAAGCCAUUGGUAUAUUAUGGAGUAUUGACAUAGAUUCAUGUAGCUCAUGUACAUGAACUUGGAACAAGGAGUUAUUGAUGCAUAAUGCUUAAUGUUUAAUUCAGGUACAUAUCACGGACAGGGUGCAACAAUGCAAAAUGAUAUUUACUGUAGUUACUGGUUCGAAUGUGUUUUAUAGUCUCUAGAAAAUCUAUUUUUUAUUUUAAGGUUUAGAGUCGAUUGCAUAAAUAAUGUCAUUUAGAAGUGUUUUAGUUUCAGGAAUUCACAUUUGAGAUGUGAUAUGUAAGGAAUUGAUAACUGUAUUAAGUCUGGGAGGCUUCUGCUCAAAACAGUGUGCUUAACAAGAUAUUAUUGCAACGUUACUCAAAUUAUGAUUUCAUCAGCAAAUUAUUGUAUUAUAAGGGUUAUGCUUAUCAUUGAUAUAUAGACUAAUAAUGACCUAUAUCACAAAAAGAACUCACCAAAUGGUUCAGUUUUCAAAAAGAGAGUCAGUAGCACAAAGAAUGUCAUUUAGAAGUAUUUCAGUUUGAGGAAUUUAUAUUGGAGACCUUAACAUAUACUUUAUAGAUAUUGCUGUAGUUGGGUAAGUCCCUAAACAGAUAAAAAAGCUCAGUUACAGUUAUGUUAUUUUGUUACAUAUAGUUUGUUGAUUUAUUUAGGAUGCAAUGUUACCAUGGUAACAUUUAUUCAGUACCUUCAUUUGGCAUUAAGCGCCAAAACAAAGAAUGGAAAGACCUGUGAUUAAAAAAAUUUAGUUACAUUAUGCUGUUAUAGUUUUGCUAUGGAUGAUAUGUUAUGGAAACAGAAUUCCAAUCCAGAUAAAAAUUAUGUUUGACAUCAUACUGGAGGAUGUAUGAAUAUGUCCAACCAUGGUUCAUGAACUAUGUAAUCUCAGUCACUAUUUCUACAUGCAAAAAUAUGAUUUGUUAUGUCACCACCAAAAGUCACCAUCUCCAAUUUUUUUGUGGACAG